UAAAAUGUCAACAAGUUUGGAAUGAACAACUAAUAAAAUAUGUAGUUUAUCCCAUGAAAUCCUUACAAAAUGUCCUGUUGCGUUAAAACAUAAACUAAGUAACAAUUAUUUAACAAAGUACAAUGCUAAUUGAUCUGUUGAUUUAAAGUUUCAACAAUACAAAAGAUGCUUCGCUGGACUGUUCACCUGGAAGGUGGUCCACGGCGUGUCAACCAUGCAGCAGUUGUUAUCGGCGAGAAGAUCUACAGCUUUGGAGGCUACUGUACUGGGGAGGAUUAUGAAAGCAGGCUGCCAAUCGAUAUUCAUGUAUUAGACACAAUCUCACUGAGAUGGCAUUUACUACCAACUCCAGACAAGUUUGAGAUGAAUGUCAGUGUUCCGUACCAGAGGUACGGCCAUACAGCUGUUUCUCAUCAGGACAGUGCCUACAUCUGGGGUGGCCGCAAUGACAGCGAUGGGGCCUGCAAUAUACUCUUCAUGUUCAACACAUUAUCAAGUAGCUGGAGUCGUGUGGAAGUAAAUGGGGACAUACCAGGAGCCAGGGACGGACACUCAGCUUGCAUUAUUAAUGAUAAAAUGUAUAUCUUCGGGGGCUAUGAAGAACAGAUUGACAGAUUUUCAGAUGAUAUCUAUUCUUUUGAAUUUGCCACCAGCACAUGGACACACAUCAGAACAAAGGGUCGUCCAGCGCGAUGGCGGGAUUUUCACACAGCAGUGGGGGUGGGCGAUGUUAUGUACGUGUUUGGUGGGCGCAGUGACCAGGGUGGUGACAUGUUUACCAACAUGGAGCUGUACUGUAACACCAUGCAUACCUUCGACACAGUGGCCUACAAGUGGCACCAGCCCUUCACACAUGGCAUUAUCCCCAUGGGCCGACGCAGUCAUUCUGUCUUUUCUCAUGAGAACUGCGUAUACAUAUUUGGUGGAUAUAAUGGAAACCAUGAUCUGCAUUUUAAAGACCUCUUCAAAUAUGACACAAUUUCAAAGCGGUGGUCACUAGUUGAGGUUAGGGGGGAGGGGCCGUGUGCCAGGAGACGCCAGUGCUGCUGUAAAGUGGGAACCAGGGUGUACAUGUUUGGGGGAACUAGCCCGAACACAACAAUAUCUGCGAGUGGUGAGGAGGAUGUGAUGCUGACAGACCUGUCAGACCUGCACGUCCUGGACCUGAGCCCGUCCCUUAAAACACUCACCCAGCUGGCUGUCAUCCAGUUCAGACUCGAUACAUCAUGCCUUCCUCGAGACAUCAGGUGGGAGCUGUCAGCCAUGACUACACCAAACGUGAUAACUCGUUCCCUCAACUCCAAUGGUUGAACCGCCAUGUACAUGAGACAGAACAGUCUUCCCUAGGAUAUAUCUACACCAAUUAACAUUGGUGCCAUGCUUCACCAGCUUACUCAUCUAAAUUUGUGUUACAUCAUGAGAUUUUUGGCCCAAAGUCAGCAGGCUUGAAACAUUAAUAGAGGUGCUAUCUAUAUUAAUGUCAGAUACACCUCUUUGACUGAAAAUAUCAAUUUUGGGCCAAAUAUCCUGUGAAGGGACACCUUUCGAAUAUGCUGAUAUGAUCUGAUAAGCUGUGAUUGAUUUUUGUCAGUGUUGUUUCAAUUGUAGCUAUUGCUUUACAUACGUGUGUCCUGUAAAAGAAAGGGUAUUAUAAACAACCAAUAUAGUUAUUUAAAUAAUGUCCAAUAUCAAGCACUAUAUACUAAUGAGUGGUUUUGGAUGUCCUUACUUAAUUUUCAAAAGUACAUGCACACACUUAGGGAAAGGCUUGCGAAUCUUACCAGCCAGAAAACUCAUGUUUCACACUUUAUGUUCUUUGUCUAUAGUAAAUUCAAAUGGCAUUUUUAUAACUAGUCCCAUUCAAAGUGUAACAGCCUUUUCUGGAGAGUUAGUAAAGUCUUGCGAAUUCUAUGUAAUGCACCUUAACAAGUAAUGCAGUUCCUUGAAAGAAUGGUCGAAUGAAAGAAUAUACAUUCGACAAACUUCGCUCAAGUAAAUGCAGAAAGCAUAUUUCAAGCAUAAUCACAGAAAAAUAGACGUUUUUUUUUAAAUAUCUCAAUUUGAGGCCAGUUGUAAAUCAAUUUUAUUUUCUGAGGAAGUGUUUGUGUUCAAACCUCCAUAUUAAUUACUGUCAUUUUCAUUAGCAAUUACUAGUAUACAAAUGAUGAAACCUUGUAGAAAAAUACCAGUUACUUAUUACUAUUGUUGCAAUAUUUUUUGAUAAUAAAUUUCAAAUGUG